UACAAAUGCGCCACACAAACAAGCGGAUGCACUGAAGUACGCGUUGGAUACGGGGGCUAUAUAUCACGCUGGUGCAGGGAUUCCGUACUCCGCUAUUUCGUUGACAACAAGAGCUUCCCGACACUUGCCGCAGCGAUGCAGGUCGGAGCAGCGAUGCAAAACGCGAUUUACAUGUGGAAGGGCACUGGUGUGAGCUUCGAGGAAGUUGAUUGCGAUGAUUCAGCCACAUUCGCUGUCAGAUAUCCUCGACGUGGACGCAGCGGUGUCUAUGCCAGUGCAUUCUUUCCAGAUGAAUCGCCAGGCGAAUUGCUUGUGUACGAUCUGGGCCUCUCCAAUGCUGCCUAUCUCCCCAAUAUCUUAGCUCACGAAAUUGGCCAUAUUCUGGGUCUCCGUCAUGAGUUUGCCCAUGAAGAUAAAGCAGAACGAAAAUUCCUAUGUGUUCUUUUAGGAAAAGAAAACCCUCAAUCAAUUAUGAACUAUUAUAAGGACCCAAGAUUACUGCAAGUCAGCGAACAAGAUCUCAGAGAAUUGAAAGAGUUUUACGCAUACGACGGGGAAAAGUAUAAGGGGCUACCGAUAUACGACUACGAUCCAAUUCUACAUACACGCGUUUCUCGCGAAGAGACUUGUUCUAGCCACGCAAUGGGAAGUUCAAGUCGCAGGUUAUCUCGCCGGAGUAUGAUAAGAAAAGUUAACUCACUUUUUUCGACUGCUUUUCACUCUGCCAAAUAA